AGUGCACUUAAAUUCAGAGCCACACUUGAGAACCACGUAAUGAAGAAGAUUUAAAACCCCAAAAAGCUCAACUGGAAUAUUUGUGUUAACAUACAAUUGGGAAUAUCUAACAUGCUAUUACUAAUCAAUGUCAUUCUCACCUUCUGGGUUUCCCGGGCUCACAGACAAGUGAAGACUUGUGAUUUUCCAGACAUAAAACAUGGAAGGCUCUACUAUGAACACUAUUAUAAGCCAAAGUUUCCAGUAUCUGUAGGACAUUAUUAUUCCUAUUACUGUGAUAACAAUUUUGUGACUCCUUCAAGAUAUAGCUGGGAUUAUAUUUAUUGCAGACCAAAAGGAUGGGAACCAGAAGUACCAUGCCUCCGACAAUGUAAUUUUAAUUAUUUGGAACAUGGAAAGUAUCCACCUUAUGGAAAAAACUAUUUACAAGGUGAAUCUGUAAAAGUUGAAUGCCAUUCUGGCUACAGUUUUCCAAAUGAGGAGAACUUAAUGACAUGUACGGAGAAUGACUGGUCCCCUCCUCCCAAAUGCAUUGGUGUCAAAACAUGCUUAAAAUCAGAUAUAGAAGUUAAGAAUGGAUUUAUUUCUGAAUCUGACACUACAUAUCCCUUGAAUAAGGAAAUGCAAUUUAACUGCAAACCAGGAUAUGUAACAGCAGAUGGUAAAACCUCAGGGUCAAUUACAUGUCUGCAAAGUGGAUGGUCAGCUCAACCCAUAUGCAUUAAAUCUUGUGAAAUGCCAGUAUUUGAGAAUGCCAGAGCCAAAAGUGAUAGCACUUGGUUUAAGCUCAAUGACAACUUGGACUAUGUGUGCCGUGAGAGAUAUGAAAGCAGGGAUGGACGUACUACAGGUUCCAUAGUCUGUGGUAAUGAUGGUUGGUCUGAUACACCCACAUGUUAUAAAACAUGUCCAAAAUCAGAUGUAGAAAUUGAGAAUGGAUUUGUUUCUGCGUCUAAAUUUGCGUAUUCCUUAAACAAACAAGCACAAUAUAAGUGUAAACCAGGAUAUGUAACAGCAGAUGGUAGAACCUCAGGAUCAAUUACAUGUUUGCAGAGUGGAUGGUCAACUCAACCCACGUGCAUUAAAUCUUGUGAAAUGCCUGUGUUUGAGAAUGCCAGAGCCAAAAGUAGUAGCACAUGGUUUAAGCUCAAUGACAAAUUGGACUACGUGUGCCGUGAUGGAUAUGAAAGCAGAGGUGGACGCGCCACAGGCUCCAUAGUUUGUGGUAACGAUGGUUGGUCUGAUACACCCACGUGUGAUAAAACAUGUUCAAAAUCAGAUAUAGAAAUUAAGAAUGGAUUUAUUUCUGAACCUGGCACUACACAUCCCUUAAAUAAAGAAAUACAAUUUAACUGUAAACCGGGAUAUGUAACAGCAGAUGGUAAAACUUCAGGAUCAAUUACAUGUCUUCAAAGUGGAUGGUCAGCUCAACCCACGUGCAUUGAAUCUUGUGAUAUGCCAGUAUUUGAGAAUGCCAAAUCCAAGAGUGAUAAAACUUGGUUUAAGCUCAAUGACCAAUUGGACUAUGUGUGCCAUGAUGGAUAUGAAAGCAGAAGUGGACGUGCCACAGGCUCCAUAGUUUGUGGUAACCAUGGUUGGUCUGAUACAGCCACUUGUUAUAAAACAUGUUCAAAGUCAGAUAUAGAAAUUGAGAAUGGAUUUGUUUCUGAAUCUAACUUUACCUAUUCCUUAAAUACACAAGCAGAAUAUAAAUGUAAACCAGGAUACCUAACAGCAGAUGGCCAAACCUCAGGAUCAAUUACAUGUCUGCAAAGUGGAUGGUCAGCUCACCCCACAUGCAUUAAAUCAUGUGAAAUGCCAGUAUUUGAGAAUGCCAGAGCCAAAAAUGAUAGCACUUGGUUUAAGCUCAAUGACACACUGGACUAUGUGUGCCGUGAUGGAUAUGAAAGCAGAGGUGGACGCACCACAGGUUCCAUUAUUUGUGGUUAUGAUGGUUGGUCUGAUUCACCCACAUGUUACGAAAAAGAAUGCAGUAUUCCCCAAAUAGAUGAAUAUUUAAAUGUUGAGCCCAAGAAAGACAGAUACAAAGUUGGAGACGUGUUGAAAUUCUCCUGCAGACAAAGACGUAUACAAGUUGGAGCAGAUUCAGUUCAGUGCCACCACUCUGGAUGGUCCCCUAGUUUUCCAACAUGUAAAGAGGAGGAGAGUACAUGUGGAGAUGUACCUGACCUUGAUCAUGGCUAUGUCGAGCCUUCUGUCCCUCCCUAUCGCCAUGGAGACUCAGUAGCGUUCACUUGCAGAGAAGCAUUUACAAUGAUUGGACACAGAUCAAUUACAUGUAUUCGUGGAAUGUGGACCCAACUUCCUCGGUGCAUUGCAACAGAUAAACUUGAGAAGUGUAAAUUACCAAAGUUAACUGCACGUGAGGUAAAGCUAUCACAUAAGAUUGAAUUUAACCAUAACAGCAACGUAAGUUACAAAUGUAAAGGAAAAUACAAGCACUCAACCUGCAUAAAUGGAAGAUGGGAUCCUGAACUAACCUGUACAGGAAAUAAUUUUAUAGCAACAGGUGAACUUGAGAAAUGUAAAUUACCAAGGUUAAUUGCACGUGAGGCAAAGCUAUCAGAUGAGAUUGAAUUUAAUCAUAACACCAGCAUAAGUUACAAGUGUAAAGGAAAAUACAAACGCUCAAUCUGCAUAAAUGGAAGAUGGUAUCCUGAACCUACUUGCAAAGGAAAAGAAUGCAGUAUUCCCCAAAUAGACGCCUACUUAAAUGUUGAGCCCAAGAAAGACAGAUACAAGGUUGGAGAUGUGUUGAAAUUCUCCUGCAGACAAAGACGUAAAACAGUUGGAGCAGAUUCAGUUCAGUGCUACCACUUUGGAUGGUCCCCUGGUUUUCCAACAUGUAAAGGUCAAGUACAAUCGUGUAGUCCACCUCCUCAACUCCCUAAUGGGAAAAUUAAAGAAGCAAAGAAAGAAGAAUAUGGACACAAUGAAGUGGUGGAAUAUGUUUGCAGUCCUAGAUUUCUGUUGAGGGGUUCUAACAAAGUUCAAUGUAUUGAUGGAGGAUGGACAACGUUGCCUGUGUGUAUUGAGGAGAAGAGUACAUGUGGAGAUGUACCUGGCCUUCAUCAUGGCUAUGUCGAGCCUUCUGCCCCUCCCUAUCGCCAUGGAGACUCAGUAGCGUUCACUUGCAAAGAAGCAUUUACAAUGAUUGGACACAGAUCAAUUACAUGUAUUCGUGGAACAUGGACCCAACUUCCUCAGUGCAUUGCAACAGAUAAGCUUGAGAAGUGUAAGUUACCAAAGUUAACUGCACGUGAGGCAGAGCUAUCAGAUAACGUUGAAUUUAAUCAUAACACCAACAUAAGUUACAAAUGUAAAGGAAAAUACAAGCACUCAAUCUGCAUUAAUGGAAGAUGGGAUCCUGAACUAACCUGUACGGAAGUACAAAUACAGUCGUGCCCACCUCCACCUCAGAUUCCCAAUGCUCAAGAUAUGACAAGUACAGUGAAUUAUCGAGAUGGAGAAAAAAUAUCUGUUCUCUGUCAAGAAAAAUAUCUAAUUCGGGGAGCAGAAGAAAUUGUGUGCAAAGACGGAAGAUGGCAGUCAAUACCACGCUGCGUGGGACCUCAAUUAACUUCCUUCAUGGUACUGCUCUUAAAUUCAGAAUCACUCUUGAUGACGGCUAACAAAACAGUUUUAAAACCUGAACAGCAAAAAUGGAAUAUUUGUAUUAACAUGUCAUUGGGAACAUCUAACAUGCUGUUACUAAUCAAUGUCAUUCUCAUCUUCUGGGUUUCCUGUGCUCACGGACAAGGAAGAACUUGUGAUUUUCCAGAAAUAAAACAUGGAAACAUAUAUGAUGAAAACAGAUAUAAACAAAGCUUCCCAGUUGCUGUGGGAAAAUAUUUCUACUAUUCCUGUCAUUAUAGCUUUGUGUCUCGUUCACAAUCACUCUGGACUGCAAUAAUGUGUACAGAGGAAGGAUGGUCACCAGCACCAAAGUGUCUCAGACAGUGCUUUUUCCCUUGGGUGGAAAAUGGUCAUUCUGCAUCUUCAGGACAAACACACUGGGAAGGUGACACUGUACAAAUUGUCUGUGAUAAGGGCUACAGCCUCCCAAAUAACCAGAGCAACAUUACAUGUAUAGAAAGUGGCUGGUCCAUCCAUCCUAAAUGCAGUCCUCUCCUCUCUAAAGGAACAUGUGGUCCCCCUCCACCGAUCGACAAUGGAGACAUUACCACAUUCCCAUUACCAGCAUAUCCUCCAGGAUCAACAGUUGAGUAUCAAUGCCAGUUCCUCCACCAACUUCAGGGAAACAGGAUUAUAACAUGUAGGAAUGGAGAGUGGUCAAAGCCACCAAAAUGCUUAGAUGCAUGUGUAAUAUCAGAAGAAAAGAUGGAAAAACAUAACAUAGAACUACGAUGGAGGGAUGAGAAAAAAGUUUAUUCUAGAACAGGGGAUGUUGUUGAAUUUGUUUGUAAACCUGGAUAUCGUAGAAAGAGAGACUCCACAGAAUUUCGAGCAACCUGUCAGGAAGGAAAACUGGAGUAUCCCACCUGUGAAAGACAGAGAUUUAACACGCAUUCAUAAAAUCCUCAUGUGUGCAUUUAUUCAGAAUUUGUCAUUAUUAAUCCAAUUCUUCUCAAGUCAUUCCUUCAAGUAUUGUUUAACUCAUUUUGACUCAUACAUCAUAAUUUGUGUUAAAUAUUACGUAGACAAUGUUAGACACCAAUGAAUCACUUCUAAAAGGACCUCAUUAAAACUUGGCUAACCAAAA